UUCAACACCUCUCUUGCACUUUAUGCAAAAUCUGUUUUACAUUAUUUUGAUUCCUACAGGCAAUGCUUGGAGCAUGACAUGGAAGAGGAGGAGAAUCAAACUAUGGUGGCUGAAUUCAUCUUCACUGGCUUCUCCAAUCACCCGACCACAAGGAUGAUGUUAACUGGGUUCUUUCUUGUGGCCUACCUGGUAACCCUAGUUGGAAAUGGACUCAUCAUUCUCCUAACUGUGUAUGAUACACACCUUCACACCCCCAUGUACUUCUUCCUCAGCAAUUUGUCCUUCCUGGAUAUCUGCUAUUCUACAACUACCAUCCCACAGGCAUUAGUAAAUUUUUCAGUUGACAGACCCACCAUUUCCUAUGCACGGUGUUCCUGCCAGUUAUUGACUUCACUUUACUUAGGAUGCACUGAGUGUCUCCUGCUAGCAGUCAUGGCAUACGACCGCUAUGUUGCUAUUGCCAACCCACUGCAUUAUACACUUAUUAUGAGCAAGACAGAGCGCACCAACUUGGCAUUGGGUUCAUGGACAGUUGCCUUCCUGCUGACCGUAGUCCCUGUUAUCCUCAUGCCCUCUUCUGUCUGUGGGAAGAAUGAGAUUGACCAUUUUGCAUGUGAACUCUCAGCUCUAAUGAAGCUGGUUUGCUCUGACACUUCCAAGAGUCAAAUUGUCAUGUUUAUAACUGGAUCACUCUCUCUCCUUAUCCCUUUCUCCUUCAUCCUUUUCUCUUACAUGCGCAUCAUCCUAACCAUCUUGCAGAUCCGCUCAGUGGCUGGCCGGUCCAAGGCCUUUUCCACCUGUGGCUCCCACCUGACUGUGGUAACGGUCUUCUAUAGCACAGUAAUAUUCAAGUACCUCAAACCCCAAGGUAAGUCAUUCCACAGGCAGGAUAAAAUUAUUUCUGUUUUCUACUUAGUAGUGACACCAAUGUUAAAUCCUCUAAUCUACACACUGAGAAAUCAGGAAGUCAUAGGGGCCCUGAGGAAAAUGACUGGCAGGAAGGGAGAUUCAUAG